AUGGCGACGAAGAUGUCUCGAAAACUGUUCUCUUCUCUUAUCUCUUCAAAAAGUUCUUUUUACGGCCUUUUACCGAGGUCGAGAAUUGAUAAAUGUAUACCACUGAGGAGACAUGUGGCCAGUCUUGCUCGACUUCCCGAAACGCAUGAAAUGUUGAGAAAAACUUGUCGAGAUUUUGCAGACAACGAACUUAUACCCAUUGCCGGUAAUCUGGAUAAAGAUCAUAGAUACCCUACAGAACAGGUAGAGUUAUUUUAUCUUAAAUUUAUAAAGGAAAAACUCAAUUUUAAUUUUAAACAUCUACUCUCAAUGGUGUACGAUGCAAACUGUAGUUUGGCAUUGCACCAUACGUCAUGGAAAUGAAAUUUAAAUUUUUUUCCUUUGAAGACCUCGUUAAGUAAAGACCGUAAAGGUACGAGGCUACUAUUUGAAGAAUUCAUGCGAAAAUCUGUCUCUUGCCACUAUAAUUUGAACUUUGCUUUGGAUGAAAAUGCACAUUUUCUCAAUGGUUUUAACUCAUGAGAUGGUUGCGUAACAGAUUGCGUAAGUUAAAUAGACUUACUAGUGGUCGAUUAUGUAAAUUGUAUAUAAGAAGAGGUAUGUAGCAGGGACAUGUCUCACCAAACUGUUGCCACAUUAGUACCAUAUUUUAAUUUUUUGUAUUCAGUCAGUCAAUUGGAAACUCAGCAUAGUAUCAUUCCUCCCCCCCCCACACUCCCUCUCCCCUCCCCCUCCCCCACCCCCUCCCAUUUUCCUUACUCCUAUCCCCUCCUCUCUCCUGCCCAACUUUAAAUAAGAUAUGAAACCAUGGCUCUAAAAAUAAUAGUCCAAUAAGAUUUGUCCACUUAUCAUUAAAUCUCUCUUUCAUAGGUCAAACAGAUUGGGGAACUUGGUCUUCUCUCAAUGGAAGUUCCUGAAUCAUUAGGAGGGUCAGGACUGGAUUAUCUGGCGUAUUCUAUAGCAAUGGAGGAGAUCAGUCGUGGCUGUGCAUCCACAGGGGUUAUCAUGAGUGUAAAUAAUGUAUGUAUGAUACGUAAUGUGUAAAACAAGGUAUUUUUGGGCCAGUUAUAUCAUCCAUAGGUUAUAUAAUAUUAUGCAAAGAGUGCAAUUUACUCUGGAUUGAGAGAUGGGGUUUUAAUCAACUUGGUAAUGUUUAUAAUUUUUUUUUGUUGGAUAAAAUUGAUGGGAACUACCACAUUGACACCACAACCUUGGAAAUUACUAGUAACAGUCACAUCACAACUAGAAUAACUGACAAUGUGUUAACAGUUUUAUUAAGUUAGAAUUCUUGUUUCAUCUGGUGAAUUGUAUCACAGUAUUUUAAUGAGAGCUAAAGGGAAAUCAAUUGUGGUUUGUUAUUUUUCAGUCCCUUUAUCUUGGUCCUAUUCUUAAAUAUGGGACAGAGGAACAAAAGAAGAAGUGGAUUACACCUUUCUGCUCUGGAGAAAGAGUUGGCUGUUUUGCUCUCAGUGAACCAGGUAUUUAUUUUAAGAAUUAAUGGAUGUGUGAAAUAACUGUAAUGUUACUUUAAUCAAAAUGUUUUACACUCUCAGAAAACUCUCUUUAUUGUUAUAUUCCAUGGGAAGCAACAACUGGUUAGAACAGCAAGAUAGGCACUCAUCAUGGUAUAGUAUUUAUUUGUGAGUGGUAAGUAAUAGUUUGGGAUCACAUGAUUGUUCGGGUGGGUGUGGUUAAUAUGAGAGGAACUGUAGACCACUUGAGUGGAAGUCAUCAUCACUUACUUGACUCUGAUGAUGAAUACUGCUCAGGUUGUUGAAUGUCAGUCACCACUACAAACAACAGUCCUUCUCAGGACUACACUCACCUGGAUGACCAGACUACACUAUCACAUGUUACCCCUGGGUUCAAACCAUUAACUCUUUGGAAUUUGUUGGACUCAGAUAACUAAGUUUUGUCUUGAUUGAAUUUCCAGACAAUGGUAGUGAUGCUGGUGCUGCUAAGACCACUGCCUACUUAGAAGGAGAUCAUUGGGUUUUAAAUGGAACAAAGGCCUGGAUCACUAAUGGUUAUGAAUCUGAAGCAGCAGUAGUGUUUGCCACAACAGAUAAAUCAAAGAAACACAAGGGAAUCAGUGCAUUCAUUGUACCCAAACCUACUGAGGGGCUGAGUCUUGGAAAGAAAGAGGACAAGUUGGGAAUAAGAGCCUCUUCUACUUGUUUACUUAUUUUUGAAAACUGCCUCAUUCCAAAGGAAAAUCUUCUUGGAGAACUUGGAGCAGGAUUCAAGAUAGCAAUGGUUAGAAUGUUCUUCUAAUUAAAGGAUUUGAUUUUCGUUUGCUUAUAUAAUAUUUAAUUUAAAAGAUACAAUAUUUUCUUUGUAAUGGAAAAUUCAACUAACUCUUGAUCCAAAAGUAUGUGCCCUUAUUGAUCAGUUAUCUUGAAAUAUUUAAAGACAGACCAAAGGCAGUAAAAUGUUUGCCAAGCCUUUUUCUAUGACUCGCUCUUAAAUUUGGCAAUCUAAGAAUGUACUCCCACCCAUUCCUUUACCUUUAACCCCUAAGAGUGACUGGCUUCAAACUUCUCCGUGCAUUAUCACCCUGAUAUUAAAUGUAUAUGUUCUGAGAUUAAUGGAAAUAUUCACCAAUUUAAGAAGCUCAUGGUUGUCAAACAAAUUCUCCAUGUCAUCACCACAGGAAAUAUAGAGAAAUCAGUGAUAAUAUGAAUACUUAUAAUAGGGUGUUAUGGGGGUUAAAACAGUUUUCUGUACAGAAAGUGUUUUAUAUAUAUAUAUAUAUAUAUAUAUAUAUAUGUCAAUACACAGACUUCCUAUAUUAUAUAUAAUUAAGUUAGACAUGUAUGUGCUCAAUUAUAGGCCACACUUGAUGCAGGUCGUAUUGGUAUUGCAGGGCAAGCAUUAGGAAUAGCCCAGGUAAUAAUACUGCACAUGUAUAUCACUUACCUAGCACGCAUAGUUUUUGUUUUCAUGAUAAGUAAUAGAGUAACUAAUUAAGUGAAGAUGCUGACGACUCAAUCAGAGUUUUAAGCUUGGAAUUUGCUGUCUGUUUAGUAUAGCAUGAAAAGUUUAUAACAUUAAGUAACAUAAGGUAAUUAAAGCAACUGUCUUGGCACUGAUCAAAGAACUUAUCUGGUUUUUUAGGCUGCAUUAGAAUGUGCAAUUGACUAUGCUCAAAAAAGGAGUGCCUUUGGACAGCCAAUUGCAAGUUUACAGGGAAUUCAGGUAAUUACUGGUAUUUUAAGAAAAACAGAUCAUUUUGAUAGCCACACUAAAACUUGAGUAUCAAUAGAUGUAGUUAUAAUAUUUAAAUAGACAGAAUUACAUUAGUACAUCUCUGUAACACAAAUUUCCUGUCUUUUUUUUUAUUACUGUAUUCUCUAGAUGAAGCUAGCUGAUAUGGAGGUAAAGUUAGACAGUGCUAGACUUCUGACUUGGAAAGCAGCAAUGCUAAAAGAUGCAGGAGAAAACUUCACUAAGGUAUGCUUGAUAAACAUAUCAAGAUGGGUCAAUUUUUAAAUCGUUUUUUGGUAAAAACAAAGAUUCAAGCCUUGGACCCUUAUGGUCUGAUGCUGGUAAGGAUUAACACAAUAGUUCAACCUUGCAGUAACUGUAAUCAUGAAAAUUGUUUCUCAGGAGGCAGCAAUGGCAAAACUUGCAGCAUCUGAAGCUGCUACUUACAUUUCUCAUCAGGUAUUUUUUAUUUUUUCCAUACACUUUUCAAUUAACCUUUAAAUAAUUAAUAACUCAACUUGAAGUAUUAGCUCAUAUUGAUUUUUAUUCAUAGCUUCAAUCACACUGGGUUUUGUUUUAUUGUCAUACAAAACAAAAAGCAAAACCACUUGUUGUUCAUAUUUUGGUUGACUCCCUAGACCCUUUCAGUACAGAAUGCAUCAAAUUCUCAGCAUAAGGUUAAUCCCCAUAAAAUUUUUGUUAUGAACAUCAUCACAAUUAAGUCUUUUGUCAAUCUUAUAUACCCUUAGUGAUGGUUUCCUUAAAUAACAGCCUAACUUUUCUGCACUAUGCUUAUUUUUUGGUGUGUUUUCAUUGGGAAGGUAUUUGAAAUGUCAACAAGUGCAGUUUAUGUUGGAAAAAAAAAUCUCCAAUUGUAUAGUAAACAUAAUUCUGGAUGGUUGCAACCUGAAGCAAAGAUGAUCAUUUGAUGUUUUUGUCUCCAGUGCAUUCAAGUCCUUGGUGGUAUGGGUUAUGUUACUGAUAUGCCUGCUGAGAGACAUUAUCGCGAUGCAAGAAUAACAGAGAUUUAUGAAGGAACAAGUGAAGUGCAAAGAAUUGUCAUUGCUGCAAGACUUUUAAAAGAAUAUGAGCAAUGA